ACGUCAUCAACGCGCGUCACUGUGAAGGUCCUCCGGCUGCAAAGCAGCAAAAGCGAUGCACGUGAGUUUUGGAGGUUUGAAAAAGUGUAGUUCUCUGCUCGUGACGCGGAAUAAAGUUGUUUGUAGAGCACGAGGCGGUGUUUUAGCUCACAACGUUCCGGCGUUUGUGAAUCGUCAGAAGAGCAGCUCGACCAUGGAGCAGGCAGCUCCUGCUCCACACACUCCCACACCCGUGGAGGAGGAGGCGAACGCCCCGGCGAACACGCAGGGAAUCGCGGUUAACGAGGCAAAAGAUACCGGCAAACGUAAAAGCGAGGAUUCGGGUGGAGCUGAGUCAAGUGGCCGAGGUAAGAGGCGGAGAGGAGCGGGGGGGAAGAAGCACAGUCCGGGAGAGAGAUACGUCCCCCCUCCGCAGAAACGAAAUCCCGGUGUCAGCUUCAACCAGGAACAUUUCAAAGAAACGUCCUACUAUUUCGAGGGUGGUCUCCGCAAAGUCCGUUCAUAUUACUUUGACUUCAAAACCUACUGCAAGGGCCGGUGGGUUGGGAAGAGUCUGCUGAACGUGUUCGAGAACGAGUUCAGAGCCGAGUCUGUGGAGUAUUAUAAGCAGGCUGCCAAAGAGGGUCGCAUUCGGCUCAACGACACACCUGUGGAGGACCUGUCAGUGGUGCUCAGGAAUAACGACCUCUUGAGAAACACCGUGCACCGCCACGAGCCGCCUGUGGUCGGCAGACCCAUGGAGGUUCUGGUUGAUGAUGGUGAAGUGCUCGUGGUCGACAAGCCUGCCUCCAUCCCAGUCCACCCCUGUGGUCGCUUUCGUCACAACACGGUCAUUUUCAUCCUGGGGAAAGAACAAGGCAUUUCUGGACUCCAUACUGUCCACAGACUGGACAGACUCACCUCUGGUGUGCUGCUGUUUGCCAGGACAUUGGAGACUUCAAAGAAACUGGACCAGUUGGUGAGAGACAGACAGCUUGAAAAAGAGUAUGUGUGCCGAGUGGAGGGGGAGUUUCCAGAGGAUGAAGUGAUCUGUGAGGAACCCAUCCUGGUCGUUUCUUUUAAAAUCGGCCUGUGUCGGGUUGACCCAAAGGGAAAGGAGUGCCGAACAGUCUUCCAGAGGCUUAGCUUCAAUGGAAAGACGAGCGUUGUCCGCUGUUUACCCCUUACUGGCCGCACACACCAGAUCAGAGUCCACCUCCAGUACCUGGGCUUCCCCAUCCUCAAUGACCCCAUCUAUGGAUCCUCAGCAUGGGGUCCUCACAGGGGCAAGGGGGGAAUGAUGGGGAGGAGUGACGAGGAGCUGCUCCAGGCUCUGCUGGAGGAACAUCAGUCUCAGGAAAGUCUCCACCUUCUGGACAUUCCGGAUGAUGGGGUUGGACAGAAGGCGGAGAAAAAGAGGUCAUCUGUGGAAACAGACAAAUCGGACUGUGCGUCUGAACCUGGCAACCUUAGUAGUCAAAGUCAUCCAACGCCGGUGUUGACUGAUUGUAGCCCAAGCAGUACGACAGUAAAUGAGGCGAGUCAGGUCUGCAAAGACCAAAACGACAACGGCACCUCGCUCAAGGAACCUGAGAGCCAUGUACCGAUCGAAUCCAAUGGAAGUCAAAAAGACACGACUGAUUCUGCCGAUACUAGUGACCACCUGUGUAGCGAAUGUAAGCUGGUACGACCAGAUCCCACUGAGAAGGAGCUCAUCAUGUAUCUCCAUGCUUUACGCUACAAAGGACCUGACUUUGAAUAUUCCACAGGACGGCCCGACUGGGCCAGAGAAGACUGGGUUGAAGAUGAUUAAAAAAACUGCUGAUGACUUUCAAACCUUUUCCCCUCUGAUGGCUUCUGAUUUUAUUAAAUAGAUAUUUUUUUUAAUUAAUGCUUGACACAGAAAUAUUUUGUUGAACUAUUUUUCUCAUUUUGCCGUUUUAAUGCCAAGCAUAUAGUUUUAAUUUAAUUUCCACCGUUGAAGCCUGUUAUGCGUGGUACUCCAAACAAAUCCAUUAAAAGCCACUAUGCAGGAAAAGAAAAGUUUGUUUUUUUUCUUUAUUCCAACUUUGUGAAACAUGAACACAAAUGACAGUGGUGACAACCCUCUUAGCGUUGAUGAAUUUCAUUUGUUUCGAAGGCAGAUUGUUGUACCAUAGUGAUUUUCAAAGUAAAGGACCAAUGAAGAAUUACCAGCUGUCAAAAGCAAACAUCUUUUAUGAAACAGCUUGACAUUAAUCCUCCUCCAUGCACAUUUGAUAUAUUAAGGCUCCUGGAAUAACACUGAACCUCCAACAUCUGUUGUUUUCCAUAAAUGCACCUUUUGCACAUAUGGCAUACAUUGUUGGAGCCUAAUCGGCUCAUAGAACCCUGUUGAAUAAAACGCUAAUACGUAAAUACUGUUAUACUAAUGGAAUUUGAGACUUGUGUAAUGUGAUGUUUUCGCUAUGGGACGGGACGAAGACAAAGACGUUCUCAUAUAAUCGCUAAUUAUCCGAUAGAGUUUCUCUGAGCAGUACAGCAGCAGCAGCAAGGUUUGUAUACAAACUAUUCACUAUUGAAGCAAUAGUUGUAUGUAAUGGUACAACUACUGCACUAGAAAGCUCCCCCCCCUCCUCUUUACAAAGGUUACGCUCUGUCAACAGUGUUUAAUGACAGUACAGCCUUUUAGAAUUGGUACAUAAUGAAGUAAAUACGACAUUUUGGCACUGACAUUGAAACAAACAGCAGGAAAUCUUUAAUGUAUUUGACCGUUGAAACAUUUAAUGCAACCAAGCUAUGGCAUUUUCUACACCACGGUAACAAAAGAUGAUCUAUACAUGUUAUUGUCAUAAAAUUGUAAAGACGGGUAACUGUAA